AUGGACUAUGGCUACAAUAAGGACAACGUUCAGGCAUCUAACGACCCACCCCCAUAUCAUCCAAAAUAUGUCAUGCUCAACAAUGAGCAAACCACGGGUAACUUAAGACCACCUCCUCAACGGAGAAAUCCACCUCGGUACAAUUCUCAACAUCCGAGCCUUCAGAGUUCAAGUAGUGGAAAUGGUUGCCUUAAAUGUAUAUGUUGUUGUUACUGCUGCCUCUUCUCUUUAAUCGUCAUUCUCACCAUUGUCGCGUAUAUUCUUUAUGCCAGCUUUAAACCUGAGGUUCCUAUAUACAAUAUUGAGAAUUUUCAGGUGAAUUCCUUCAAAAUCCUUCUGGAUUUUAGCCUCAAUACUGAAGUAACCGCAUUUGUUAAAGCUGAUAAUCCUAAUAGCCAUAUAGGUUUCAAAUAUGGCAAAGACAGCUCGGUAAUAGUUAAUUAUAAAGGGACAACUCUUUGUUCAGGCAAACUUCCUGCAUUCAGUCAACCCAACGAUAAUAUAACCACAUUCUCGGUUGGAUUGCGGGGGCAGACAGAGGUUGGUUCAGCGCUUCAAGAAUCUCUAAUGGCAGAUAAGAAAGCAGGAAAAAUCCCUUUGUUGGUUACGAUAAAAGCACCUGUUGUUGUUGUGCUUGGAUCGUUUCCAUUGAGAGAAGUUGUAGCUAGUAUUCACUGCUCUUUGGUUGUUGAUAGCUUGGCGCCAGACAAGCCAAUUAAUAUCUUAUCCUCUAAAUAUGAUUAUGAUGUAUCAUUUUAA